AUGGUUAAUCAACAUCAAUUUUGGGCAGAGAUACGUAAAAAUAAUCCCAAAUAUAAAAAAAAACCUCGAGUUGUUCCAGCCUUUACAAUUCAGGCUCUUCAGGACAAUACUGUGGUAGCAAGACCUCCGAAGUGCGGUCUCUAUAAGCCGAAUCCGCCAAAACCGUCAAACUUUCGUAAGUUCUACGAGCGCGGUUUGUUUCCGAUAUCCAUAGAAAAUGACGCGUCAUCAAUAACCUGGAAGGUAAACAUUGAGGAACUGGAUUUCCAUCACUACUUGCCGAUGUUCUUCGACGGGCUGACUGAAACCGAGCACCCAUACAAGUUUUUAGUCGAACAGGGAAUAUCAGACAUGCUGGAACAUGGGGGUCCCAAAAUACUACCGGUCGUUCCACAAUUAAUUAUACCCAUUAAAAAUGCUUUGAAUACUAAAGUACCGGAAAUUAUUUGCACGACAAUGCGAGCGCUCCAGCGGCUCGUCAGAUCUGCUGACUGUGUUGGUGAAUCUUUGGUACCGUACUUCAGACAAAUUCUUCCGAUUCCUAAUUUACUUAAAGAUAGAAAUGUUAAUCUUGGAGAAGGUAUUGAUUAUUCCCAACAACGAGGGGAAAAUCCAGCGGAUUUAAUUCAAGAGACUUUGGAAGUAUUAGAAAGAUAUGGCGGUGAAGAUGCAUUUAUAAAUAUUAAAUAUAUGGUACCUACUUAUGAGUCAUGUAUGAUGAAUUAA